CUGGAAACAGGCUACUUUAUUUAUUUAAUAUUUUUUCAACUGUAAAACUUUAUUGUACAGUAACAAACAGACAACGGCGGCUGCUUCUGUGAGCAGCCCAGUGUAAGGGGGUCCACCCGUAGCUGGAGUCCUCAGCAGUCAGAUGAGUCUGGUUCUGUGAGAGUGAGACCAGAACUCCCACAUCCCCAUCCCUGCAGGCGCGGUGGACGGGGAACCGGCUGCUGAACACAUCAUCAUUGGAGAAGUCCGGUUCUGGUCCCAGAGACAUGAGUAAAGUCUGACAGAAAGCGGUCUCUCCCGGUCUCUGCAGUGUCCCCGGUCCUACAGAGUGCACUGAAAACGGUUUAAACACAAAGGAAGGGGAGAUAAGCUCCUCUGCCCGGCGGGGGAGCCACAAAACCCGGACUGGAAUCUGGACGUGGAGUGCUCGACACAACAGUGGGCCUUAAAGUUAUUAAUAAAAAAAAGAAGAACCAACAGCCCAACAAAGUCAGAAACUACAGUUUACACACCCACCACGAGAUGGCGUCCUCUUUAGGCGGGAAAUACCUGGCCCUGGGUCCACCUGGAGCAAAGGUAGAGGCUAUAAAACAGGUACAGGAUGGUUUUGUCCGAGUGAGGAAAAGAGAUUUGGAGAAGUUGACCACAGAAGUGAUGCAGCUGAGGGAGUUCCUGCCCCGAGUCCUGAACAGAGAUCUGAUGGAGAUGCUGCACAAAGCUCGAGCAGCUCACACAGUGAAGGAGCAGCUAACGCAGGAACAGGAGCAGCUGAGGCAGGAGUGUCUGCACCUUCAGUCCAGACUGGACGCAGUGCAGACCGAGUGUCAGAAAGAGAGAGAGGAGAAGCUGCUCUUGCGUGAGCAGCUGUGGCAGAGCGGCGCCGAGCUGCAGCAGCAGGCGGACUUCUGCUCCAGCCUUGGAUCUGCAGCCUGCAGUCUGCUGUGGAGCUGCUCCUCCAGCGAGCAGACAGUCACACACUGGCUGGCUGAUGGGAAGCUGCAGUCCUUCCUGGUUGUUGCUGCUCAGACUCUGGAGAGCUUCGUCCGAUCUCUGGAUGAGGAGGUGAAGAUUGAAGACCUGAACUCCCAGGAGCACCAGUUUGUUCUAGCUGUUGCCGGAACAAUCACCAACAUCGCAGCGGUGACGUGUGGACGGGACUUCUUGUCCAGCUCGACUCACGGUCUGCUGGACACUCUGAUGAAGCUGCUGGAGCUGAUGAGGCCCGGUGUCUUCCCCAAACUGAAAGUAUUGAUGCUGAUGGCUCUCUAUAACGUCAGCAUCAGCAUUAAAGGACUGAAGCUCAUCAGUGAGAACCCGGGACUGCUGCCUCUCUUUUGGACCCUGCUGGACGAUGGAGACUGGGAGGUGUGCCUCCACUCCCUGCGUCUCCUGCAGUCGGUGUUGCUGGAGGAGGAAGUGCUGCUCCUGCUGGGCUCCUCCCUGCUGGAUCCAGACCUCCAGGCCAGGGUCAGCCAGCUCACCUCCAGCGUGCAGCCUACCUUGAGACUGGCUGCUCAGCAGACUCUGGAGGACCUGCGGGCCCUCCAACAGGUACAACAUGUGUCAAAGCAUCGCAGCUCCACCGAGCAUUAGUUGUAGACACGGGACAGGAGAGAUCAAACGGGAGAGUGUUUGUGUUUUCAGGGUUUGGGAUGUAAACAGGGCGGCUUUUGAUGUGGAUUCAGAACCUUUAGAGCCCUGUGUUUACUCCAGUUCAUGACUGUUAGAUCUGUUGAGGAGAAAGUUCUUAUCAGAUGAAAACUUAUACAAGUUAAAUUCCGCUCUUUUUUACUGGAUCUGUUCGAAGAUUUGUUUUGCUGUAACAGGACUUUCGCACACAAAGUAAAUACAGUAAUGCUGUUUAAUAUUAAAGUUGAGGUUUGGACACUUUCAGAGCACCAUCUCUCUGCUUUCAUCACAUAUUUCAGCCUUGUUUUUAAUCUACGGCCGUUAGUAGCCCUUAAAACCCUGAAUAAGUUAAAUGUUGCACUCUAAGUGUGUUGUUGAGACUAUUGUAGAGAUCUUCACGUUUUGUUCUGUGACAUGAAAUACGUCUGGAAUCAUCCCACAUCUCCUAAUAUGUUCCUUUUACUUUUAAAGGCAACACAGUCCAGUUUGUAAAAUCAAGCUCUUUUAAAUUGUUAAAGUGUUGCCUGUAAUGUGUGUGAUAUCAAGCACAUAUCAGCAUGUUUAUGACCUAUGCACACUGAAAUGUCUUUACGCUGACUUUACUGUGAGGAAACAACGCCCAUUAUAAUGCAUUCAUCCAGUUGUGCACUAAUUUACAAGCCUCCAGUUUGGUCUUCUUUGUAGUUUUUGAGGGCAGAAAUUAAAUUUUAGAGAUAGAAGUUCAGUUUGAUGAUACCAAACAGACACCUAUCGAGUCUGUUUCUUCAUGCCCCUAAUUAUCCAUAACCUUAAGUUUCAACUUAGAAUUAAAAAGGUGAAGUAAGACUAAAAUCUGGGAUACAAGUCGCUCUGGUAAGUGUCUUUUUAGCCCUCUGUACGGCAGCUGAGCUCAGCCACUUUUCCUGGAGUCAUGCCACCUACCUCUGCUGAUCCUUCGUUGUCCUAUUUUGACGAGUCUUUGCAGCCAAACUGGAACUCCACAAGAUGUAAUCACUGUAAAUUACACCCCUGUUUUCUUUAAAUGCAUUAUUAUAAAGGAGUUAACGUGUUAAAACGUGUCACCACAAGAAAGAGAAGCAGCCACUUGCUUUUUUGUGCACACAUUUCUGGGCGCAGCUCUCCUUUUAGAUUUAAAAUGAAACAGUUAAUUUAGCUCAGCUGUAACAUGGUUAUAAGUUCAUUUUAGAAUUUUAACAUGGGGCUCUAUGAGGGAAGUUUUUGGCACUUCACUGCUGACUUUGUUGUUUUGCUGCGUCCAGAAUUCUGAGGAUAUACACAAUGCUUCACAGGAAUAUCCUCAGCGACAAAUAAUCUGCCUUUCAGAAUAAAAACCUCUCGGAUGCAUUUUA